AUGGGCAAGCCAAUCGUUCUCCACCUGGGCGAUGACAUCCGCUGGAACCACGACCAAUAUGCCAAAUUCAAAGACCAAUUCGAGAUCCAGCGAUCAUACAGCAUGUCAAGACCGGAAUUUAUCCGGGCACUAAAGGAGCGACAGUUUGGCGACUUCGUUGCGAUGUACCGACCUUUCUGGAACACUGGUGGCGAGAUGGGAAACUGGGAUGAGGAAUUGAUCUCGCUACUCCCGGACUCAUGCAGGAUCUUCGCUAGUGCCGGUGCUGGUUUUGACUGGGUGAAUACGGCUGCUUUGGCCAAGAAGGGUGUUAUUUACUGCAAUGCCGCCGCUGCUUGUACCGAGUCCGUGGCUGACGCUGCAAUCUGGCUUGUGAUUUCCACAUUCCGACUAUUUUCGUGGUCGGCAAUGGCAGCUCGUGCUAUCAAUGCGGACCAGUUUGUAGAUGCCAACCGCAAUCUUGCGAUGGUGUCUCAUAACCCCAAAGGCCAUACACUUGGUAUAAUUGGCUUUGGCCAGAUUGGUCGACGGACAGCAGAGAAAGCGUACAAGGCUCUCCAUAUGAAGAUUCUCUACCACGACAUUGUGCAGAUGCCAAAGCAGCUGGAGCAGGUUUCCAAUGCCACGUUCCACCAGUCUAUGGAUACUCUUCUUGCCGAGUCAGAUUGUGUGGUUGUGGCUACUCCUUUCAGUGGAGAGACCCUCCUGAACGCAUCACUGCUAGCAAAGAUGAAGCGCGGAUCCCGGCUUGUCAAUAUCGCUCGAGGAAAGCUCCUUGAUGAAGCAGCUCUUGUUGAUGCUUUGAAGCGUGGUCAACUCGCUUCUGCAGGCUUGGAUGUACACUUCAAUGAGCCGCAUGUCAGUCCCGAGCUGGCUAAGAUGAAGAAUGUGGAAAUCCUGUCACAUAAUGCUGGUACUUCUUUGGACGCGCACAUUGGGUUUGAGCGUCUAGGCAUGGAGAACAUUGUCUCGUUCCAUCAUACCGGAAAGGCCGUGACGCCAGUAAAUGCCCAUUUGAUUAACAAGGCAUCUUCCAAACUUUAG